UUGGCUAUGAGCUUCUAGUUGGUUAUCGGACACUGAAGGGACUGGCUGGCGCAAGCAGGCGCUGAAAGGUGAAGGAGAGAAGCCUUCUGGAAACCAGGAAAGGAGGCAGCCAGCAGCAGCUUAACUCUGCAGGAGCCAUGGCUGCAACCUCUGUCUUGGUGCUGCUUUUUCUUAGUCAACUUGUAGCUACCUCCUUCGCUCAGAAAAUGGGACCCCGGGGCCCUGCUGGACCUCAAGGACCUCCUGGACCUCCUGGAAAAGAUGGCAUAGAUGGUGAAGCUGGUCCUCCAGGUCUGCCUGGCCCCCCCGGUAAGUGUGGCCCCAAAGGAGCACCAGGGAAACCAGGGAAACCUGGAGAAGCUGGACUGCCUGGGCUUCCAGGUGUUGAUGGUCUGACAGGUCAGGAUGGGCCCCCUGGUCCCAAAGGCUCACCUGGAGAAAGGGGUAGCCUUGGACCCCCAGGGCCUCCUGGGCUAGGGGGCAAAGGACUCCCUGGACCUCCAGGUGAGGCUGGACUGAGUGGCCUCCCAGGAGGAAAUGGAGUCCGUGGACCCCCUGGACCAUCUGGACUCCCAGGUCUGCCUGGUCCCCCAGGCCCUCCAGGACCUCCUGGACACCCAGGGGUUCUUCCUGAUGGUGCUGGUGACCUCCAGUGUCCAGCUAUCUGCCCACCUGGACCCCCUGGACCCCCAGGAAUGCCAGGAUUCAAGGGACCCACUGGUUACAAAGGGGAACAAGGAGAAGUGGGGAAAGAUGGAGAGAAGGGUGAUCCUGGUCCCCCAGGGCCUGCUGGUAUUCCUGGAACCAUUGGUCUACAGGGCCCUAGGGGCUUAAGGGGACUGACUGGUACACUGGGGCCACCUGGAGAUCGUGGACCGAUUGGCUUCCGAGGUCCCCCAGGAGUUCCAGGACCACCUGGGAAAGUUGGAGAUCGAGGAGAGAGGGGACCAGAGGGAUUCCAUGGGCCCAAGGGUGACCUGGGCAGGCCUGGUCCCAAAGGAUUACCUGGAGUAGCUGGGCCUAUUGGAGAGCCUGGUAUGCCUGGCAAAGACGGCAGAGAUGGGAUCCCUGGAUAUGAUGGUGAGAAGGGUGAGGCAGCUCGAUUUGGUGCUCCUGGGGAGAAGGGUCCCAAUGGACUCCCUGGGCUGCCUGGACGAACUGGGGCCAAAGGUGAAAAGGGUGAACUGGGCAACCAAGGAGAGCGAGGUGAAGCUGGCCCUUCAGGAGAACCUGGUAUGCCUGGAGAUGUUGGAGUUCCUGGAGAGAGAGGAGAAGCUGGACACAGGGGAUCAUCAGGGGCACUUGGUCCGCAGGGCCCACCAGGACCCCCUGGAGUCAGAGGCUUUCAGGGUCGGAAGGGCAGCAUUGGAGAUCCUGGUCUACCUGGCCCUCAGGGCCUUAGAGGUGGUGUUGGAGACAGGGGCCCAGGAGGAGCUAUAGGUCCCAAAGGAAACCAGGGUAUUGCUGGAGCUGAUGGUCUUCCUGGGGACAAAGGAGAACUGGGUCCUAACGGUCCUGUUGGACAAAAAGGAGAGUCAGGUAGUAGAGGUGAGCUGGGCCCUAAAGGUAUUCAGGGUCCUAAUGGUACCACUGGUGUCCAAGGACUCCCUGGCCAUCCUGGUCCAGCAGGCUUCCAAGGAGUACAAGGUGUCCCUGGAAUUACUGGAAAACCUGGGGUUCCUGGUAAAGAAGCCAGCGAACAACAUAUAAGGGAACUGUGUGGAGGAAUGAUUAAUGAACAAAUUGCACAGUUAGCUGCUAACUUAAGGAAGCCUCUAACUCCUGGAUCAAUUGGCCGACCUGGUCCAGCUGGUCCCCCAGGUCCUCCAGGUCCAACAGGAUCUAUUGGCCAUCCUGGGGCUCGUGGGCCACCUGGGUAUCGAGGUCCAACUGGAGAACUAGGAGAUCCAGGUCCCAGAGGUAAUCAGGGUGACAGAGGAGACAAAGGAGCUACUGGUGUAGGCAUUGAUGGGCCUGAUGGAGACCAAGGACCUCAAGGACCUCAAGGCGUCCCUGGAACUAGUAAAGAUGGUCGAGAUGGUGCCCAUGGUGAACCUGGGUUUCCAGGUGAUCCUGGCAUUCCUGGUGCAAUUGGUGCUCAGGGAACUCCAGGGAUUUGUGAUACCUCAGCCUGUCAAGGAGCUGUUAUAGGAGGAGGAGGGGAAAAAUCUGGCCCUAGAAGCUCAUAAAUGUAACUUAAGGAAAUGGACCAGUACUGAAUAUUUGAGUAAACAUUGAAUUAUGAAAAGACAAAUUGUUCCACAGAUAGACAGUACUCCCUUAUUAAUUUUAAUGAGCUCCAAGUUGUACAUGAUAAUUCAGCUCAAUGAAACACUAUGAGGAAAGCAUUUUCAAUACCUUACAUAUGGCCCUUCUUAAAAAGAAAAAAAAAGCUUAACCUAUUCCCUUCAAUACCUUUUAAUGACAACAAAACCCUCCUCCUACUUGCAGAAGGGGUCUAUUCUUUUUAGUAUCUUUUCUCCCUACAUAUAAUUGUCUAUUUGUAUACAAGAAUUAAACUUGAUUUCAUACCUCAACUUGCCAUAAGCAAUAAAUCUAAAACACUUCUAAGGGGGUUUAAUGUAUGUAAAUAAAAUUUUCAGGGGAGAAUUUUUGUAUAUUUCCGUAAGAUGACAAAGGAUAUUUAGCAACAUGUUCAUACCAAACUUCACUUUUUCACAAAUACUGUGCACAUAGCCAAAGAUUAUGAUGGAAUCCCAGUAAAAAAAGGAAGCUCAUUGUAUCCAGUAAUAUUAAGCUGGUGACACAGUACU